AUGUCUGAGAAACAACACUCGGACCAUGUCGAGGCUGGUUGGUCUCCCGUUGAGACCGAUCGUCAGGCGAGCGGAAAUGUGCCUGCUGGUCACGUCCCCGUGACAAAUGAAGAGAAAGCUCUGAACCGGGCGCUGAACCGGAGAUUUGAUAUCGCACUCCUGCCUUUCCUGUCGUUGUUAUAUCUCUUCAACGGCCUGGAUCGGGGCAAUGUGGGAAAUGCUGAGACCCAAGGCUUUACGAAGGACAUCGGAGCUCACCCAGAUGAUCUCAACCUGGCUGUGAGCUUGUUCUUCAUCACUUUCGUGCUAUUCCAGCCUCCCUCCGCUGCCAUAGGAAGAUAUCUGGGGGCGAAGAACUGGGUGCCUGUCAUCAUGGUUUGCUGGGGCAUCCUCACCAUUUGCCAGGCUUUCAUAAAAGGGCGAGGUACCCUCAUUGGUACGCGUCUACUCAUUGGGCUUUUCGAAGCAGGAUUCUAUCCUUGCUGUGUCUUCUACCUGUCAACUUUCUAUACGCGUUUCGACCUUGCCGUCCGCAUAGGACUCUUUUACGGCCAAUAUGCCAUCGCUGGUGCGUUCUCUGGCUCUAUUGCGUAUGGCAUUUUCCACAUCAAGACCGGUUCGCUCAAAAACUGGCAAUACCUCUUCAUCAUCGAAGGCGGCGCUACGUGCCUGAUCGCCAUUAUUGCGUGGUUUUGGCUGCCUCUCGGUCCGGGCAGCGCAUGGUUUCUGAGAGAAAAAGACCGUGCAUACGCGGUGGAGCGGAUCCGCUUGGACAACGCGAUGUACGCGCAGCAUACCUAUGGCGACAGCGGGAUCGAAAACGAGAGGUUGACCCGGCGAGACGUGAUUGAGACGGCAAAGGACUGGAAGCUCUGGUAUGUGCUCUUUUUCAACAUACUGGCUAGCGUCCCUGGUCAAGCCUUCUCUGUAUUUCUCCCUCUUGUUGUUGCUGGGUUGGGAUAUUCCUCGAUCGAGGCGAACUUGAUGUCUGUGCCGCCAUAUAUUUGUGGAGCAGUUGGGCUGUACAUCUUCGCUGUCAGUUCCGACCGAAUGAAGGAACGUGGCUAUCACAUUUUUGUUGGUCUCCUAAUCACACUCGUCGGGCUUAUCAUCACCGUCACUGUCCAAGGCCACGGCAGCAAGUACGCUGGCUUGUGCAUCUUGCUGUUCGGCAGUUAUGUAUCUGCACCGUUGACCGUGGCGUGGCUGAGCGGGAAUACUCCUGAGCCCGGCAAGAGAGCACUCGUCUUGGGCGUCAAUGGAUUCGGAAAUCUGUCUGGAGUCAUCGGCUCUCAACUCUUUCGCGCAUCGUAUGCGCCGAAGUAUCUGAUACCAUUCUAUGUGACGUUGGCAUUCAUCGCAGUUGCAUUGGUCGGAUACCUUGCGUACCGUUUCACAUUGGCAGCGGUCAACAGGCGACGGCAAGCCAAACUGGCGGCCAUGAGCCCCGAAGAGAUUGAAGACGAGAAAACCAAUCCCCGAAGAUAUGCAGACCGGAAGUAUACUUUUGUUUACGGCCUGUAA